AAAUGAUCAAACUAUUCUCGCUGAAGCAACAGAAGAAGAACGAUGAGGCAUCUCCAAACUCUGGUCCCCGGAAGAAGGCCAUGACCGCGGCCCAGCUGCGAAUUACAAAAGAUAUCAACGAGCUGAAUUUGCCAGAAACGUGUGCCAUGCAGUUUGCCAAUCCGGAUGAUUUGCUUGACUUCAAGCUGAUCGUCUGCCCGGACGAAGGAUUCUACAAAGGGGGUCGAUUCGUGUUCAACUUCAAGGUCGGCCCGAACUACCCACAUGAGCCGCCGAAGGUGAAAUGCGAAACCCAGGUGUACCAUCCGAACAUCGACUUGGAGGGCAAUGUGUGUCUGAACAUCCUGCGCGAAGACUGGAAUCCGGUGCUGACCGUCAACUCGAUCGUGUACGGAUUGCAGUACUUGUUCUUGGAACCCAAUCCGGUGGACCCGCUGAACCAAGAGGCAGCCAAAGUGCUGCAGACGAACCGGCGCCAGUUUGAGAACAACGUGUUCAAGGCGAUGCUCGGCAGCUACAUUGGCGAGACCUAUUUCGAGCGCUGUCUCAAGUGA